AUGAUCAAACUUCAGACAGUUCGUAAUUUACUUGUCUACCUAUUUGCUGCUCGACGGGUGACUCUAACGACUCAACAGGCAGCUGACCCUAUAAAAAAGGCAUUUAUCGAAAAGCUGCGCGAAUAUCAGGAAAAGUCAAAAACAUCCGAACUCGGUCUAGUUGGAGCUACGGAAGCUCAGGUCAAGUCUCUUAAAGACUCCUUGGAAAAAUUGGACCAAGUUUUUAAGGCUAAAGGUGUGGAUAUGACCAAGUUUCCAGUAUUGCAGCAUGAAAACCCAGAACUUGUCAAUCCGGGUUCCACCAUUAUUACUGAAUAUCCUGAACGAGAACUUCUGGAAAAUCCAGAGGAAACGGAAAGGAUCGACGGAGUUUUGACGAAGGGUCCUAUUGUUAUAUAG